AAUUCACCUCCUAUAUGCCCAUUUCACACUCAUGAGUGGAGUUUGAAAAUACACGGCGCCACUGGAGUCGUUGAAACUUGAAAGCACUGCGGAAGUGUGGAAACGAACAUUUUUUUCCCCAACGAAAAUGCCGAGAGUUUGAGAAGAAGGUCUAUGAGAAAUGGCCGAACGAACCCUUGUUACCUCUUCUUCGCCAUCUCUGGAUCUCGAUUCACUACGCAGUCGAAUCGUGGAGUUUAGAGAUAUCUUACAAAACUCCAAGGAUGCUCCUGCACUUUCCUCUUCAGAUACGGAGAAAUUACUGAACGAUUGCACUCUUCAGUUCGAGAGCAAAAUAGAUCAAAUACUAUCAGACACAUCAGAUAUAGACUUAUUAGCUAAUGGGGAUAUAGAUGAACUUGUGGGGUAUUUUCAAAAUGAGCAAAGCUCCUUGGAGGGUAAAAAUGAAGAAAUGUCAAAGGAAAUUGAGGAACUUUCUAGAAGAUAUGUGGAAGAAUCUGAGAAAUUGGGAUGUGAGGUUGAAGGUUUAUGCUGUUCGUUGGAUCUUUUGGAAUCACAGGUGGGUGACCAUGCAUGUUGCUCAGGAGAAAUAGAAGAUGAAGAGAACUUAAGAAGCACACAUGAGGAAUUUAAUUUUAAGCUUUUAGAACUUAGCAAUCAACUUGAGAAGAGCAAAACAGCUUAUAAGACAUUGCAAGAUCUUGAGGGCGCUUUCAAGAGGUUGGAGGCUAUAGAAACGCUUGAUAGUACACUUAAUGGUCUACAUGUAGCUAAAGUUGAUGGGAACCACAUCAGUUUAUCUCUUAGAACAUGCAUCCCCAACAAUGACAGCUCAUUGUGUCAGGAAAAGUUUGAUAGUUCUUCUGGGUUGUUUGAUCAAUACCACAAAUUGGAAAUAGAACUAGUGGAGGGUACAAUGGAGCUGAAGCAUGCCGAGAUAUACCCCAAUGAUGUACAAAUAGGAGAAAUUGUUGAUGCUGUAAAAUCAUUCAGGCAGCUUUAUUCUCCAAUGCUAGACCAUGAGGGCACAGCUUAUCUGGAAUGGUUUGUCAGAAGAGUACAAGAUCAAAUUGUUCUCUCAAAAAAGAACCUAUAAGCCAAGGAUAUGACUAACUUACUGAGCACAGUCACCGCAGUCUAUUACUGAUUCUGUGGAUCGAGCUGAAGCAAUGCUUAUGAAAUGAAUUAGUGCAUGUUUGCAUAAUGGUUUGUAUGUUAGUUAUCCGAUCUCAUAUGUACAUUUUAACCGCCUUUUUCUCUGCCAGCUUCUCAAACCACUAGAGUGUUUCUACCUGAGAUGUUUCCUGGAUAUAGCUAGUUUUUAUCUCUUGAUUUGAUAAUUUAACAUUUUUGUCUCGUAAUACUCGCAUUUGUUCUCAUUUCUCAUGCCGUACUCUAUCAAAUUGAAUGCUUAAUGCAUACGUUUAAUUGAUCCCAUGCAGCACACAUCCACACACACCGACACAUACUUGGGUUCAGGUAUUUUCAUCAUCGUGUGAAUGGCUGAACCCAUCCUGAGCCUGAAUACUGGUUCUCUGAGCCUGUUUACCUGCCAUUGGGGUGCCUUCUAAAAUAGGAGCAACAAGUGCUCCACUUC